AUGAUGCCGCUUCAGUGCAGAACUUGUGCAGAACCCAUUUUUAACGCAAAUCCAAGAAACUUAUUUAAUCAUGAGAACGAGGACAUUAGACAAAACAUCGAAGCUCUUACGGGCAUCAAGCUCUCUUUUGAUUACCGCCUGCCAAGUCAUAUUUGCUCCUGCUGUUACCUGGACUUGGACCAUUCAAUGGCAUUUCGCUUGCGCUGCUUGGAUGCAAAUACCAAUUUGUUAAGCCAUAAGCAUUCGCACUCGGAAGAUUUACACCAUUUAGAUCCAUUAAAUAAAAAUGAAAUCAUUGAAGUGCCAAACAAUACAAAGAGCUUUGAAGGAAAAACAAAUAUGAAGAUUAGUGGACAUAUAUCUAAAUCAAACCACCUUAAUCCUCGAGUACGAAUUAGGCGUUUCCAAAAUCCAGUAAAGAAUGGCACAAAACCAUGUCGCAGCACUACUGAACAGGAUGACUCCAAACCAAUGUAUGAUAUUGCCGUGGCAAUCAGUGAAAAUAUUAAAAAAGCCAAGAAAAAAAAGCCGCGUGUUACGUCUUCGGAAAAAAAGUACAUUUGCCAUGUAUGCGGCUGGGCAUUUAGUGAUUUGAGCAACAUGAAGGAUCAUGCGUUGCGUCACUCGGGCAUCAAGAAGUUUCAGUGUCAAGAGUGCAUCAGUAAAUUUUUCACACGUUCUCAAUUAUUGCUUCAUGUUCGCGUUCAUCAUAAGGGUGAAAUGCCUUUCGUAUGCAAAUAUUGUGGAAUGGGUUUCCGCAAUAGUCCCAGUCGAUGUCGUCAUGAACUAAAGUUUCAUGCGAAUCAAUUACCAUUUGCAUGCAACAUUUGUCCAAAAGCGUUUGUUAGCAAAAUCAGCUUAAACAAUCAUAAACAGACUCAUGAAACAGGCGAAGUGAUUUAUCGUUGUGAGCCGUGUAAUAAGACAUUUAAGGCACCUAUCUACUUAAAAAAUCACUAUAUAACAGCACGUCAUCGUCGAGUUCAGGAAGCCCAUGAAAAAACGACAUCGUCUGCCGAAGUAGAAGAGAACAUUUAUAGCGAUGAUGAUAUUGACUUUGAGUUCGCAGAUUCAAUUAUUGAAGAGGUUGAUGAAUAAAUAUUUUACUAGUA